ACGGUGCUAUGUCAGACAGAGAAAGGCGUAUGUUUGUUUAUUUUGGUUGGGAUUUGUGAGGUUAACCUCCGUUUGUUGGUUUCGUGUCAAGUUUUCUUUUACAGUUUGUAGAAACUUUGAUACAUUAUAACUUUUGAAAAACCUUUUUAUUUUCAAUCGAAAUUGACUCUGUACAUUAAGCAAAUAAUGGAUUUGACGGUAUAUAACGAUAUAAAAAGUUUCAUAAACCAAUACAGAGGAUUAUCCAGAUUCUGUCUCAGAGAAUUAAUCAACUUGUAUCCAAGUAUUCCGAGAAACACUUUGGGGAGCAUCUGCUCACUUCAGUACCAGAUCAUAAAUAGUCACAAUCAUUACAAAUUGAAGAACAAUGCCAAGCGGCUAUAUAGAAGGUUUACUGGAGCAGUCGCUGAAGGCGAAACCCCUGGAAUAAUCAUACGUUUGGCUCAAGAAGUCAACGUCUGUCCAGCCCUUGUGGCUCGCAGCAUACUCGCGCAGUACUACAUUGACAAUAACUUGGAGGACAAUGGUGAAUUCGCUAGUGAAAAAGUGUUCGUUACCACUAUGAUGAAAGACACAUCAUCUAUCAACGAUAGAGAUUUAGCACUCGAAGUCUUCUUGAGUGUUAUGUACGAUGACCAGUAUGGACCGGUUGCCGAUUCAAUAAAACACUGCAUAGGCGCCGACUACGAGGAAGUGCUGAAGGCGAAGCUGCGUGCGCUGGGCGUCUCGUUCAAAGACGAGAGCGUGCUGCGCGCACGAGGCUACGACAAAACACCCGACGUGAAGCUGGACUUUCCACUGGCCAUUGCCAACGCCACCGCCAGCGGCGCCCCCGCCAUCGUCAACUGGAUCGAGAGCAAGGCGCUCUUCGCCGACGCACCGCUGCACGCCCAGUAUGCCACCAACCAGUAUGUCAGCUAUUGGAACAGGUUUGGACCCGGAUUAGUAAUCUACUGGUUUGGCUGCACCGAGGAUAUAAUUAAAUCACCUGAAAACAGGUUUAUUGUAAGAAACGAUGUUCCCGAAAAUCUUGUGUUCAUGAAUCCCAGCAUUAUCAAAGCGCCAUCAUUGCUCUAGUCAUUCAUCAAACUUCACUGUACAGAAAAACAAAUUAUUUUUAUUAAAAAAGUAAUUUUUGUGAUUUAA